UGUGUUUUCGGCAGGUUCCAGGCGAUUCGAGCACGGAACAGAAUGAUCGAGGUUGUGUGUAACGACCGUCUGGGCAAAAAAGUCCGUGUUAAGUGCAACACCGAUGACACCAUCGGCGAUCUCAAGAAGCUGAUUGCGGCCCAGACGGGAACCCGUUGGAACAAGAUCGUGUUGAAGAAGUGGUACACGAUUUUCAAGGACCACGUGUCUCUGGGGGACUAUGAAAUCCAUGAUGGCAUGAACUUGGAGCUUUAUUAUCAGUAGAGCAGAAUCACCCGCCCUCCUCCUUACCUCCCACUUGCCUUUUCCUGCCACCCUGACCCCCCUCACUGGUAUGGCCGCCUGGCCUCCUGUUUUUAAAAAGAAAAACCCAUGGUAAUAAAAAAUGCAAAAGUUAAAAAAAA